AUGGCCCCUUCACAAUUAGAAAUCAAAGUGAGAUCUUUGCAGAGACUUGUAAAGGAAGAGAAAUAUUACCAGCAGGAGCUGGAGGACCAGAAAACUCACGUACAGAAACUAAAAUCUGAAGGACAAGUGGAUCCAUACGACUUGAAAAAACAAGUGGAAGUCUUGCAAGAUACCGAGAGGCUUUUGCCAGCGCUUUACGGCAAAAUCGAUCAAUUCAAACACGACCUAGCGUUGUUUGUGGAUAGCUACAAUGGAUCCGAGGACCUAGACAGUGCUAAAUCUAUUAUCGAAGAUGCGGAGAAUCUUCUCAAGAGUAAAUCGUAA